AUGUUCCGCUUUAGCAAAACCCUCGACCCAAUCACCCUCUUCCACUCUCCGAGCCUGGCUCCCUCCACUCGGGUCCUGAACAUCCUCAAGCAAGCCAGUAUUACUGCCUCCGAGACUGCCACGGAAGACCAGGCCAGUGACCACUCGGCCCACGCCAAGCAGCAGCGCGGCGACUUCGAGCUCGAAGUGACCACCGCCCCACCCACCACCGACCAGCUGCAUAGCAUUCUGGACUACAUCUCACCGGUCAGUGGAGUCGGCGGCCAGGGCGAGAAGGCGACCUACGGUGUGGCCGAGCUGGUCAAGGGCGCACGGGAUGCGGAGGACGCCGUGAAGCGGUUUAAGGAAGAUGCAUCGCGCUUUGCGCGCCCUGUGACAGUUGACUGGGUCAACGGCCGCGCCGUAAUCGGUGACAAUGAAUCCGAGAUCCUGCGCAUGGUGCGCCAAUUGCCCACGAACUAG